UCAUUUUAAAAGUGGAGAUGAAAAGUUUGACCUAGCAAUACUGCACAUUUCAUUAAGGUGGUGAUUUCCUUUCUAAGAAGCCACCUUUGCUCAACUUUUGGGUGAGACGCAUGCUGCGGGGAAAAGCGUUCAUGCUAAGUCAGAGGAAUGCACAGCUGCAGCUGAGACACUGUUGCCUUUGGUGAGCUUGGGUUUACUGAGGACCUCUGAGACGAUCAUGGCGGGAUCUAACUCCAGAGCUGAAGCUCCUGCAAUGGAACCCAGUUCCAAGCUCUUCUGCUGCCCCUGUGUGAGACGCUGCCUCCCUCUGGCUUACCGAGAGGAGCUCUACCACAUCCUGAGGAUGACUGGGCCCCUGCUUGUGUGCCGGGUCUUGAAUUUCCUUCUUUUCUUUGUGGUCACAAUGUUCUGUGGCCGCCUAGGGAACACUGUACUUGCAGGCUAUGGCAUGGCCUCAGCUACAAUAAAUAUAACUUCUGCAGCAACUGGAUUAGGGCUAACUUUGGCCUGUGAUACACUGGUUUCACAGACAUUUGGGAGUAAAAACCUGCUACAUGUAGGAGUAAUCCUGCAAAGAAGCAUUCUGAUCUUGCUGCUCUUCUGUCUUCCCUGCUGGGGUGUGCUUAUUAACACCCAGUCCCUCUUACUCCUGCUGGGACAGGACCCUGCUGUAACCAGGGUAGCCCAGAUUUAUGUUGAGGCAUACCUUCCUGCUAUUCCGGCUAUAUUUCUCUACCAGCUGCAAGUGUCUUACCUCCAGAACCAGGGGGUGAUUAUACCUCAGGUGUAUGUAUCUGUUGUGGCCAAUGUUGUGAAUGUGCUGGUCCACUACAUUUUGUUAUUUUGGUGGGAUCUUGGGGUACAUGGAUCUGCAGCAGCCAAUUGUUUUGCACAGGUCUUUUCCUGUUUCAGUUUGUUUGCUUACAUUCGCUUUAAGAAACUCCAUGUUAAGACGUGGGGAGGCUGGUCCUCAGAAUCUUUGCAGGAGUGGGACAGCUACAUGAAGCUGGCUAUUCCUAGUACACUAAUGUUAUGCUUUGAAUGGUGGAUCUAUGAAAUUGGUGGAUUCCUAGCAGGAAUGCUGGGGGAAAUCGACUUGGCUGCUCAACAUGUGGUUAUAAUGCUUGCUUAUAUAAACUACAUGAUCCCAGCUGGAAUACAAGGUGCAGCUUGUGUGCGUGUGGGUAAUGCAUUAGGAGCUGGAAAUACAGCUGGAGCCAUCCUCACUAGCAAAGUUUCUCUCAUCUGUGCAGCUGUAUUGGCAAUCAUUCAGGGUGUAGUGCUUGGUGGAACAAAAACAGUCAUUGGAUUUUUGUUCACUUCAGAUGAGUCCAUAGCAGAGUUAGUUUCUGAACUCAUGAGCAUUUACUGCCCCCUUCAAUUCUUUAAUGGACUGCUGUGUGUGGGCAUGGGCAUAGUCCUGGGCACUGGGAAGCAGGGGAUUGCAGCCAUUGCUAAUCUAAUUAGUUACUACUGUAUUGGACUUCCAUUAAGUAUUGCUCUGACCUUCCCAGCAAAGUUACAAGUUGCCGGCUUUUGGUGGGGCCUUUUUGUUGCUGUCUUCUUGCUAUCAAUCUUUUUCAUUGUCAUCAUCUUCAAAUUAAACUGGAAGAGGUUAACAGAAGAGGCUAUUGAGCGUGCUGGAAUAGGGAAGAGCAGAGGCAUAGACUUUAGAUCCAGCCGCCGGCUCUCCGAUAGCUUCUUCCUUGCACUCAGUAAUUUGGAGCUUCAGAAUCAGAAUGGCUAUGUAGCUGUAAGCUCUCAAGACACGGCUGAGGAAAGAAGCACUUCAGUGGCUCUGGAGGGAUUGAGAGAGACUCAGGAAGGAGAAAUGAGAAAAGAAAAUCAGCUCUCCGCCUCACAGGACAGAUUGAGAAAGACUCAGGAAGGAGGAAGGAGCAAAGAAAACCACCUCUCCACCUCUCAGCUCAUAGUCAGGAGAGGUCUGACUGCUCUGACUGCUGUCUUUAUCCUCAGUGUAGGGAUGAUGGUCCAUUUCAUCCUGCCUCUACCUGAGGUGCCAUCCAUCAACAAUAGCACUUUGGACUUGGAGAACUCCACUUUAUCCACUCCCAUUGCCACAACAAUGUUGUCUUUUUGAGACUAGGAGAUCCUUGCUGGAGAAUAGUGUUUUCAUGUGGUAUUGAUAUUAUAUACACUGUAUUACCAUUAUAGUGUACUGACCUUAGUGCCUUAUAAACUACCAGGAUAAGGAACAGCAUAUUAACUAAACUAACUUAACUAAAGUUGUUUGACACUUUUCUUUACUACUGGAAUGUGAGAAUGUUAUCAAUCUACAUGAAGUAGAAAUACUGUGAAAUUCUAACUAAUCCAGCAGUAAUGAUCUCUCUGUCUAAAGAAUAUAACUCUGGUAAAUAUUGUUAGGUUGACAGAUUACAAACCUAAUAGUAUAAAUAAAUAAUAAUAAAUAAAUAAUAAUAAUAAAUAAAUAAUGGAAUGAAC